AAAACGGAGGUUGCGUUUAGGGAUGCACCGAAUGUUCGGCCACCGAAUAUAUUCGGCCGAAAAUAGCAAAAAACGCAUGUUCGGUAUUCGGCCGAAUAUGUGAAAUGGCCGAAUAAUUUUACCGAACAUGACUCGAGAAACGAUCAACUAGCAACCAGCGGAGAGAGAGAGAGAGCGAGAGAGAGAGAGACGUGCGCUUUAUUAAUGCCGCAAACAUUUUGGCAGUGUGUGUGUGGAGCAUUUUAAGGUGUCAGAGAAAGACGCCGCACGGAAGUAAAUUUCCGAAUGAAAGCGUCUUUACCGGUCGGUAACUUGUGGCUAUUUCAGACGGGAGCGGGCUGUCUGACAGUAGCCCCGCCGCUCGCGACAUCCUUUGACAUCAUACAGUGGUCGCGCGCACACAGUUCCCUGUACUAAACAACUUGUCAAAGUAUGUUCUGUGCAUCCCGGCCACGAGUGCACCAGAUAACAGUCAGCUUUUGUGGGCGGAGUUUGCAGGAGAGACGUGAACUGAUAUGGUUGUCAGUCAGCAUCAGUCAGAAUAGCUUGCGUUCGAUGUUUUUUUUUCUUACAAUCAUUUUGCAACGUAGCCUAUAAUAAUCCAACAGUUUUAGUUUAUUCGUAUUUUUAGUUAUAGGCCUAAUGUGGAAUGACACUUUUUAAUGAACUGUUUUGUUGUAGGGGUACAGAGUAACUUACAUUACAUUCUUUUACCAGUCAGUUAUAGGCCUAAUUAAUAUAGGCUAUUAAAUUUUUUGUUUUAAUGUAUUUUGUUUUGCUCAAUUUUAUAUUAAGUUGUAUUGUAUUUUAUUGAAAAGCAAGACAAAUUUUUAAAAGCAAAUUUUGACUAUUCAGUUUGUGCAAUAGUGAAAAAAUAGCUUAAUAAAUAGAAGAAAUGCAAAAACCAUAUUCGGUGUUCGGUAUUAUUCGGCCUUCGGCCAAGUGUUUCACAUCAUGUUCGGCUUCGGCUUCGGCCAAGAAUGUUAGAUUCGGUGCAUCCCUAGUUGCGUUUGUGUUUUUUUACGAAUUGUGGCGUACGUUUGAGUGUAAAUGCUACUGGAAUUAGGGUGUGACUUGAGUCAUCAUUGGGAAUAGAUUGGUUUGUUGGAAAUUGGAAGCCUGGCCAUUGGUCAGUCAAUAUAGUCCCACCCCCACGUCGAGACGCAUGUCACUGAAGAUGUUUAUUUGAGGUUUGAAAUGACAAGAGGGUGAGCAAAUGAUGCCAGAACUUUCAUCGGAUGACCUAUCACAUUAAACAAGUAUGGGCUUGUUGAGGACAGAUGUGCUUAUUUUGACACAACCAGAUUUAUAAACUUCAAGAAAAUACAAAACUGUAUGUGGUACGUAGGCUAUGUUUUAAAGUGUCAGAUAGUGAAGAUUUGAAAAAGCACAUUCAGAGCGAGGAAGGUAAACAGGAUAAAAUGUCACUUUAGAGAGAACGAUGUUGCCGUCAUCAUGUCUUUUUAUUCAGUGUAUACAUGGCUCUGACUAAAGGGCCUGGAAUCAUAUGACCCCUCCUCUAUAAUGAAGCUGUUGUUUCCUGAGACGACUCAACGUGACGUCAUGCACCCUCGGGUGAAAACACCAACUGCGCCUCGCAGAAACACAAUAACCUUGUGUCGAUUAGAUAGAAAGUCAUGUUUGACCUGUGUGUUCUGGACACCUCUGUGUGUCCUCGGCACACUGUGGCUCUUCUGACCCCGGGCCGCGAGGGAAGGGUGGGCCACUGGACUGCUGAAUGGGGAGGCAUCUGUAUUCUCCAUGAGGCUCUGGGUCUCCGGGAUGGGACGUGGAGGGGGGCGCUGCUUCCUGUAAGGCAGUCACAUUGUUGGGGCUUUUAUGGUUUCAAACACACUAUAGAGCUCAGAGAAAUCCGCUCAGUCUGAUGUUUGACAUGGUUUUACUGCAGUGUCUGUAUGUUUGAGAGAUCGGGCUGAGAAGAGAUGAUGCUGUGAAGAGACAUGGAUUAAAACCUCAGCGGAUGCUGAGCGGAGGUUUUGAAGCAGCUACAAGGAACUAUCAAAGAGGACUCCAAAGAGUCUCAAGGACAGAUCGAGUUUUUGGAAAGAAUCAAAGAAAUGAGUCUCGAUCCCAACAGUUUCUCUGGCGUGAAGCUGAGGUCCAAAGCCUCUCUUCAGGGUUCCGGUUCGGCCCAUUCGUCCGACAGCAGCCCGAGUCCCAGCCCCAUGAGCUCCUUCUCUAGAAGAGGGGUGACCGGCGGGGGCAGAGAAAGUGCCGGGUAUCUGGAGGAGCUGGAGAAGGAACGGUCUUUACUGAUGGCUGAGCUUGAGAAAGAAGAAAAGGAGAAAGAUUGGUAUUACGCCCAGUUGCAGAACCUCACCAAACGGAUCGACAGUCUGCCGCUCACCGAGAAUUUUUCUCUGCAGACCGACAUGACGCGCAGACAGCUGGAAUACGAGGCCCGUCAGAUCAGAGCCGCCAUGGAGGAACAACUGGGCACGUGCCAGGACAUGGAGAACCGGGCACAGGCGCGUGUGGCGCGGAUACAGCAGAUUGAGAAAGACAUGCUGAGGAUUCGGACGCGCUUGCAGACGCAGUCGAUUGACUCGGAGGUCAAGCACGAGGCUGUGACGCAAGCCGAAGGCGCCCAUGGGUCGGGAGACGCUGGCGGAGGCAGUGCCGCAUGCUCUCAGGGCUCCAGUUCUCGGUUGGAUCAUGACUCAUCCAAUGACAUGAGCAGCGCUGGAAGUUACUCUGUCCCACGCCGAAUGACAAGUCAUCUGGGCACUAAAGUGGAAAUGGUCUAUUCUCUGCUGUCCAUGCUGGGGACCCACGAUAAAGACGACAUGUCUCGAACGCUCCUGGCCAUGUCGAGCUCUCAGGACAGUUGCAUUGCCAUGCGUCAGUCCGGCUGCUUGCCGCUGCUCAUCCAGCUUCUCCAUGGCAACGACAAGGAUUCCGUGUUGCUCGGAAAUUCCCGCGGCAGCAAAGAGGCCCGGGCGAGGGCCAGCGCCGCCCUGCAUAACAUUAUCCAUUCACAGCCCGAUGACAAGCGCGGCCGGCGGGAGAUCCGGGUGCUUCACCUGCUGGAGCAGAUUCGAGCUUACUGCGAGACCUGCUGGGAGUGGCAGGAGAGCCACGAGAGAGGUGUGGACCAGGACAAGAAUCCAAUGCCCUCUCCUGUAGAGCAUCAGAUCUGCCCGGCGGUUUGUGUUCUCAUGAAACUGUCCUUUGAUGAAGAGCACAGACAUGCAAUGAAUGAACUCGGCGGCCUUCAGGCUAUCGGGGAGCUGCUACAGGUGGACUGUGAGAUCUACGGUCUGACCAGUGACCACUACAGUGUUACCCUCAGACGAUAUGCUGGGAUGGCUCUGACUAAUUUAACCUUUGGAGAUGUAGCUAACAAGGCCACGCUGUGUUCAAUGAAAGGUUGCAUGAGGGCCAUGGUUGCGCAACUGAAGUCAGAGAGCGAGGACCUACAGCAGGUCAUUGCCAGUGUUUUGAGAAACCUGUCAUGGAGAGCUGACGUGAACAGCAAGAAAAUAUUACGAGAGGUUGGAAGCGUCCGGGCUCUGAUGGAGUGUGCCUUAGAGGUUCAGAAGGAAUCCACGUUAAAAAGUGUCCUGAGUGCCCUUUGGAACCUGUCAGCACAUUGCACGGAAAAUAAAGCGGAUAUCUGUACCGUUCCAGGGGCUUUGGCCUUUUUAGUGAGCACUCUAACAUACAGAAGCCAGACCAACACCCUCGCCAUCAUUGAAAGCGGGGGCGGCAUCUUAAGAAACGUGUCGAGCCUCAUCGCCACAAAUGAAGAGCACAGGCAAAUUUUGAGAGAAAACAGUUGUCUACAGACUCUUCUCCAGCACCUCAAAUCACACAGUCUGACAAUAGUAAGCAAUGCCUGUGGAACACUAUGGAACCUCUCUGCUCGGAAUGCAAAAGAUCAGGAGGCAUUAUGGGACAUGGGCGCAGUUAGCAUGCUGAAAAACCUUAUUCACUCCAAGCACAAGAUGAUAGCUAUGGGAAGUGCAGCAGCUUUGAGGAACCUCAUGGCCAAUCGACCUGCCAAAUUCAAGGAUGCCAACAUAAUGUCCCCAGGGUCCAGUUUGCCGUCCCUCCACGUUAGAAAACAGAAAGCACUAUUUGAAGAACUAGACGCACAGCACCUCUCCGAAACAUUUGAUAACAUUGACAAUUUGAGCCCAAAAGCCUCUCACAGAGUCAAGCCAAGACAUAAGCAUAACAUCUACGGCGACUACGAUGGUGUGGGUCGAUCAGACGGUUACAGCCCUAACGGAGUCGGCGUUCGCUCGCCUUACAUGAACACCCCGGUGCUCUCUAGCCCAUCCUCUCGGGACAAUAGAGGAAAUGCAGAAAACGUCAGAGCUGAGAGGGACCGAAGUCUCGAUCGAGAACGAAGGGGAUUCCUUUCCGAUGCCGAGCCUGCCAAGCGAAUGGUUCAGAUUCCCACAACUGCCGCUCAUAUCGCAGUGGUCAUGGAGGAAGUGAAGAGUAUGCACUUAAGUAUGGAUGAUAGAACAACUGGUUCCACAUCGGACCCUCAUGUAGUUCAAGAUGACUUGAUGAGACGCCCCACUGCGGUUCACGGUCACCAAAACAUGUACAACUACAAAACGGACUCAUCCGGCAGACCGUGCCCAAUGCCCAAACUGGAUUACGGUGCAUCUAAUGACAGUCUAAAUAGCGUAAACAGCACUGAUGGAUAUGGCAAGAGGGGUCAAAUGAAGCCGUCGGUGGACUCGUACUCAGAAGACGAUGAGAGCAAAUGCUGCGUCUACAGAAAAUAUCCAGCGGAUCUUGCCCAUAAGAUACACAAUGCAAAUCACAUGGAAGAUGACAAUGGAGAUCUGGACACACCCAUUAACUACAGUUUGAAGUAUUCAGAUGAGCAGCUCAACUCUGGUCGACAAAGCCCAAGCCAGAACGAAAGGUGGGCAAGGCCCAAGCUCCUUGAUGAUGAAACGAAAAGACAUGAUCAGAAACCACCCAGAUCCCAAAGCCCGGGAUACCCCAUGUACACCGAAGGCAUCAGUGAUGGAGAAGACAAACUAAACAAGUUCCAACCCAGGUUUGUUCAACAGGACAUGUCUGGAUUCAGGCCAAGGGGCUCCAAUGAGCAAAUAAACAGUGGCUCCAAUCAUGGACUCAACAAAAAGAUUUCUCAAACCAUGUGUGCUGUCGAUGAUUAUGCAGAUGACAAACCGACUAACUACAGCGAGCGAUACUCAGAAGAAGAACAACCUGAUGACCAAACAAAUUAUAGCCUGAAAUACAAUGAGGAUCACCAUGUAGAACAGCCCAUAGAUUACAGUUUGAAAUAUGCUGAGGCCGUCUCCAAAAAGGCCAUGUUUAGUCAUUCAAAGCCAUCUUCUGCACAAAGCUCUGUUAAAGACCAUUUAAGUCAAGAUAGUUCCUCCUCUGUGACAUCUUUAAAAAAUCAAGGUCGACAAAAGCAGCUCCACCCAUCGUCCGCUCAAAGCAGACCGGGACCAACAAGAGCAGUUCAGAAGAACCCAACCUGCAAGGCUCCUACAAUAAAUCAAGAAACACUACAGACGUAUUGUGUAGAGGACACUCCCAUAUGUUUCUCGCGUGGUAGCUCUUUAUCGUCAUUGUCCUCAGAGGAAGAUGAAAUGGAAAGCUGCAAACGUAAUGUCAAUUCGGCUAAUAACUACCAAACUCUGCCCAUAUCAGAAAAAGGCUCCGUAAAUAGCAUGGCACCAGACCAGAGGAAAAGUGAGAGCCAGUCGUCUGUGCAUUAUGUCCGCAUGAAGCCGCCACGUCAUCAAGGAACACACCUGGGACAUAACGAUGGCCCCAGGCAUCACAAAACAGUGGAAUUUUCAUCUGGUGCUAAAUCCCCAUCCAAAAGUGGUGCCCAAACGCCAAAAAGUCCUCCUGAACAUUACAUACAAGAAACUCCUCUCAUGUUCAGCAGAUGUACCUCUGUCAGCUCCCUGGACAGUUUUGAGAGCCACUCCAUUGCAAGUUCUGUGCAGAGUGAACCGUGCAGCGGUAUGGUGAGUGGAAUUAUCAGCCCGAGUGAUCUGCCUGACAGCCCUGGACAAACAAUGCCUCCAAGUCGUAACAAGACGCCGCCACCUCCACCACCACGAACCACAUCAGUGAAGCAAAAAGUUGCAGUCCCACCCCAUUCUGAAAAACGUGAUUUGCCUCCGAGGCACACCGUUAACGCAGCUGUGCAGAAAGUGCAAGUUCUACCAGAUAAUGACACUCUUUUACAUUUUGCCACCGAAAGCACUCCAGAUGGCUUCUCUUGUGCUUCAAGCCUCAGUGCACUAAGUUUAGAUGAACCGUUUAUUCAGAAAGACAUCGGGUUGAACAUAAUGCCCCCAGUUCAUGAAGAUGACCACAGUGUUGAGGCAGAGCAUGAGAAAGAAGACCUCAAAGAGCCCAAAGUUCAGCAGAACCCACCCUCUGCCUCUGAAGUUGGAAAGGAUAUCUUGGAUGAUUCAGAUGACGAUGAUGACAUUGAGAUUUUGGAGGCCUGCAUUAACUCGGCAAUGCCAACAAAAUCAUCAAGGAAACCGAAAAAGCAGUCACCUUCACCCACUUCUAGAAGUAUCCCCCCACCCGUGGCUCGCAAACCAAGUCAGCUUCCUGUUUAUAAAUUGUUACCUUCACAAAGUAGAGGGCAGCAGCAGAAACAUUUGACCCUAGCCCACGGUGAAGACAUGCCACGUGUAUACUGUGUUGAGGGAACGCCCAUUAACUUCUCUACAGCAACAUCACUCAGUGACCUCACUAUUGAUUCACCCCCGAAUGAGCUGGUUUGUAUGGAAAGUUCGGCUCCCCAUGCAGAAGUAUCCAGUCAAAGACGAGACACCCUACCAGAGGGCAAAAGUGCAGAGACUAAAGAUACAGCUUCCUCACGUUCAGCUCUUGUUGAGAAUGAAGGCGACGAUAUUCUUGCAGAGUGCAUCAAUUCAGCAAUGCCCAAAAGCAAAAUUCAUAAGCCGUUUAGGGUGCAAAAGAUGCCUGAUCAGUCUCAGCAUCCAUCUACCGCCACUGGCAGUCUAGUUCAGCAAGACUUGGAAAAGAAAAAGCCAACUUCUCCUGUCAAGCCCAUGCCACAAAGCAGUGAGUACAGAGCAAGGAUGCUCAAACGGCCAGAAGGUCCUAAUAACUUGCAAGAUGUAGUAUCAUAUCCAGAUAAAAACAAAGAAACCCAAAAGCAGGAGCCCAAAAUAGUCUCAAGAGAAUUUGCAGAUAAGCCUGCUGCUCCUGAGGAGAGAACACGUACUGGCUUUGCCUUUGAUUCUCCGCAUCAUUACACACCAAUUGAGGGCACACCUUAUUGUUUCUCCCGCAAUGAUUCGCUCAGUUCACUUGACUUUGAGGAUGAUGACCUUGACCUAUCUAAGGAAAAAGCAGAGCUGCGAAAAGAUAAAGAGCAAAGAAAAGUUCUGCCUUUGAAGUGCAGUGCAGAGCAGCCAGUAAACACCAGCAGGGUACCAGUGUUUCAAAUGGCUCCAACAAAACCCCUUCAAAAACAAGCAAGUUUUCCACAAGCAGCCAAAGAAAACACAGUAGCGGUGUGUGAUGAAAAACAAAAGUUUUCAAUCGAAGACACUCCAGUGUGUUUCUCACGAAAUUCGUCGCUUAGUUCUCUGAGUGACAUUGACCAAGAAAACAACAACAAAGAUUGCUCGCACAAAGAUGAUGUCACGCAGAUGGAAGUACCCAGACGACAAGCAUCUGGUUAUGCACCCAAAGCCUUUCAUGUGGAGGACACCCCUGUGUGUUUCUCUAGAAAUAGUUCUCUAAGCUCUCUUAGUAUUGAUUCUGAAGAUGACCUUCUGCAAGAAUGCAUCAGUUCUGCAAUGCCAAAGAAAAAGAAGCAACCACCAAGAAGCAAGUCUGAGGAAACAGAAGCUAAGGAAGAGAAAACCAUAAUGGCUGAUGGCAUUUUAUCAGAGGAACCAGAUCUUAUUUUAGACCUCACAGACACACACAGUCCUAUUUCAGAGCAAGCCUUAUCACCAGACUCUGAAUCAUUUGACUGGAAAGCCAUUCAAGAAGGUGCUAAUUCUAUUGUUAGCAGUUUGCAUCAGGCUGCGGCCAGUCUCUCUAGACAAGGUUCUUCUGAUUCAGACUCUAUUCUUUCUCUCAAAUCUGGCAUCUCCAUUGGGUCACCUUUCCACCUUCCAUUAAAUCAAGAUGACAACAAGCCAGCUGCAAACAAAGGGGCUAGAAUAUUAAAGCCUGGUGAAAAAAGCACUUUAGAGGCCAAAAAGAAAGAGGAGGAAUCUGCUAAAAGCUUGAAAGGGGGAAAGAAAGUUUACAAAAGUCUAAUAACAGGAAAGCCCAGACCCAGUCUUGAAAGCAUGGCCUCUCAACACAGGCAAGCUCAAGCCCCAGUGAUAUCCAGAGGGAGAACAAUGGUUCACGUUCCUGGUGUGAGAAGCAGUUCUCCCAGCACAAGUCCAGUUCCUAAAAAGCCGCCUCCACGUGGCCAACUGUCAAAACCACCCUCUCAAGCACCAGGUCCUGGAAUCUCUCCCAGAACCAUGAAAACGCAAGCAAGUUCUGAACCAAGUCCUGCCAGGGAUCUGCCAUCCGCUCAAGUAGGGUCUAGUAAAGCUUCCUCUCGAUCAGGGUCCAGAGACUCCACACCUUCUAGACCAGUUCAGCAAUCUCUAACAAGGCCAAUGCAGUCUCCUGGUCGUGCCUCCGUCUCACCCGGCAGGAACGGUCUGAGCCCAUCUAACAAGUUGUCUCAGCUGCCUCGCACCGCCUCUCCCAGUGCUGCUUCAACAAAAUCAUCAGGAUCUGGCCGCAUGAGUUAUACAUCACCGGGAAGGCAGCUCGGGCAACAGACACCAACAAAGCAAAGUGGUUUGCCAAGAAGUACCAGUGGAAUUCCUAGAAGCGAGUCUGCAUCAAAAAUUCUCAACCAUUGUGGAGCCACAGGCCCUUCAAAAAAGGCAGAGUUGUCCCGAAUGUCAUCAACGAAGUCAAGUGGGAGUGAGUCUGAUCGGUCGGAGAAACCUGGACUAGUCCGUCAGUCAACAUUCAUCAAAGAAGCCCCCAGUCCAACACUAAAAAGAAAAUUAGAAGAGUCUGCCUCUUUUGAGUCAUUAUCUCCUUCCUCCCCAAGCCAGUCACAGACUCCAGUAUCUAGUCCGUCUUUGCCUGAUAUGUCACUUAGUCUACCAUACCAAGCAAGUGGUUUGAGAAAGUCCCCCCACGGUCAAAACUCAGUUGAGAAUGGUGAUGGCAAGUCACUGAGAAGACAGGACAUUUCCCGAUCCCAUUCGGAAAGUCCAUCCAGGCUUCCAGUCAACAGGACAGGGACAUGGAAAAGGGAGCACAGCAAACAUUCGUCGUCUCUCCCAAGAGUCGGCACCUGGAAAAGAACAGGUAGCAGCUCAUCCAUUCUCUCUGCCUCUUCUGAGUCCAGCGAAAAGGGGAGAAGCGAGGAUGAGCGACAGCCCACCAAUCCACCUCAUAAAUCCGGCAAGGAGGGCGGCCUGGAACGGAAAGGAACAUGGAGGAAAAUGAAAGAGAGCGAAAUCGCACCUUCUAUGACGUUAGACUUACCAGAAGCAACCUGUGAUGCUGCUUACUCAAUGGGUGCUGCUAUGUCCAAAACGGAAGAUGUCUGGGUGAGAAUCGAGGACUGUCCCAUAAACAACCCAAGGUCUAGUAAAUCCCCCACAGCGAACACGCCUCCCGUUAUCGAUAGUCUGCCAAUCAAAGGGCUUCCUUGUGACUCAAGUGAGUCACACUUAAAACUAGCAAAUGAGAAUUCAGCCAUGGGCCAUUUGGGGUCAGAAACUAAUCUCAAUUUGCUCAGUACAGAGUCUCUCGUUAAAAAAGUCACAGAGCUUAAGCCAGCACCAAGUAAUCCCAACAUUGGCCCGGAGGUCCACGAGUUCCCAGUUGCUGAACGCACGCCUUUUAGCUCAAGUAAUUCCAGCAAGCACAGCUCCCCUAGUGGUGCUGUGGCCGCCCGGGUGAGUCCGUUCAAUUACACGCCGAGCCCCAGAAAGAGCAG